AUGAGGGAGAUAAUAAGCGUACACAUAGGACAAGCAGGGAUCCAAGUUGGGAAUGCCUGCUGGGAGCUCUACUGCCUUGAACAUGGAAUUCAACCUGAUGGCAUGAUGCCGAGUGACACCUCUGUUGGUGCGGCACAUGAUGCUUUUAACACCUUCUUCAGCGAAACCGGUUCUGGCAAUCAUGUGCCUAGAGCUAUAUUUGUUGAUUUGGAACCCACGGUUAUUGAUGAAGUCAGAACUGGGACUUACAGACAACUGUUUCAUCCUGAACAACUUAUUUCUGGCAAAGAAGAUGCUGCUAACAAUUUUGCCAGAGGACACUAUACAGUGGGGAGGGAAAUUGUGGACCUAUGCCUUGACAGGGUGAGAAAAUUAGCUGAUAAUUGCACUGGUUUGCAAGGGUUUUUGGUCUUUAACGCUGUUGGUGGUGGCACUGGUUCUGGUUUGGGGUCACUACUUCUGGAACGAUUGUCUGUCGAUUAUGGGAAGAAGUCAAAACUUGGUUUCACCAUUUAUCCUUCUCCUCAGGUCUCCACUGCUGUUGUAGAACCUUACAAUAGCGUGCUCUCCACGCAUUCUCUCCUUGAACAUACAGACGUGGCUGUGCUUCUGGACAAUGAAGCCAUUUAUGAUAUCUGUAGGAGAUCUUUAGACAUUGAAAGGCCGACAUACACCAACUUGAAUAGAUUAAUAUCCCAAAUAAUCUCUUCUUUGACCACUUCUUUGAGGUUUGAUGGUGCCAUUAAUGUAGACAUUACAGAGUUUCAAACUAACCUUGUCCCAUAUCCUCGUAUCCACUUUAUGCUCUCAUCUUAUGCCCCUGUAAUCUCCGCUGCAAAGGCUUACCAUGAGCAACUAUCAGUUCCUGAGAUCACAAGUGCUGUAUUUGAGCCCUCAAGUAUGAUGGCCAAGUGUGAUCCGAGGCAUGGGAAGUACAUGGCAUGCUGCUUGAUGUACCGUGGUGACGUUGUACCAAAGGAUGUAAAUGCUUCUGUAGCUACCAUUAAGACAAAGCGAACAGUUCAAUUUGUAGACUGGUGCCCAACUGGUUUCAAAUGCGGUAUUAACUACGAGCCCCCUUCAGUGGUGCCAGGUGGUGAUCUUGCCAAGGUGCAACGAGCAGUUUGCAUGAUAAGCAACAACACUGCCGUCGCUGAGGUGUUCUCCCGAAUUGACCAUAAAUUCGACCUUAUGUAUUCCAAGCGGGCGUUUGUGCAUUGGUAUGUAGGUGAAGGGAUGGAGGAAGGUGAAUUCUCGGAAGCCCGUGAGGAUCUUGCUGCUCUUGAAAAAGACUAUGAGGAAGUUGGAGCAGAAGGUGCUGAUGACGAGGGUGAAGGGGAAGAUUACUAA